UCCCAGAGGCAAGUGACUGGUGAAGGUGCGCCGAGCUGUACCGCGUGACGUCACCCACUGUGGAGGUAUAAAAGACAGACACGCUUGAGAUCGUCACUUCCUUCUGCCUCCCCGUCAGACAAACAUGAGGCUCCUUCAGGUGGUGUUGGUGACGUGUGCUGCCCUGGGCCUCACUUCAGGGUUCCCUAAGGCCGCCCCGUCCCUCUUGAACGGCCACUCACACAACGACCACCACCACACCUCCCCCUCCGACGGGUACUCUUACGAUGUGCCCAAGAGUCCCUUCGCUCUGCCCGGAGAAGCAGCAGACCACGUGCCCAGCUAUGAGGAGCCUGACACGGGUUACCUCCCCCCACACGGUUCCUCUCCUGUGGGUGGUGACUACGGCCUGGCUCUCGACGUCUCUUCCUUCCAACCCUUCACCGGGCCCUCCACCGCCAGGCCAUCUAUAGGCCACGGCGGGUCCUCUCUCUUCCUGCAGUCCACGCCCCGCCCCUCCUACGGCUCCACCACCCCACGCCCCUCAUACACCCCUCCCACGACUUCCUAUGGCCCCACCUCCACGUACACGCCUCCCCAUGACUCCUAUGGCCCUCCUAAGGAUUCCUAUGGCCCUCCCCAGGACACCUAUGACCCUCCCAAGGACUCCUAUGGCCCUCCCCAGGACACGUAUGGCCCUCCUAAGGAUUCCUAUGGCCAUCCCCAGAACACCUAUGACCCUCCCAAGGACUCCUAUGGCCCUCCCCAGGACACGUAUGGCCCUCCUAAGGAUUCCUAUGGCCAUCCCCAGGACACCUAUGGCCCUCCUAAGGACACCUAUGGCCCUCCCAAGGACACCUAUGGCCAUCCCAAGGACUCCUACAGCCCUCCUGCAAACAGUUAUGGCCCCAGCACCCCGCGUCCCUCCUAUGGCCCUACCACCACCUAUGCGCCUCCCCAAGACUCCUAUGGCCCCAGCACCCCACGUCCUAGCUACGGCCCACCCCAGAACUCCUAUGGCCAUCCCACACACACCUACACCACGCCCACUCAUCCCACCUAUGGCCCAACCACCCCCACGCAGAGCUAUGGCCCCCCUACCAGUCCCCCCUAUGGCCCCACCACCCCACGCCCCACCUAUGGCCCACCCAGGAACACCUACACCCCACCCACCAACCCCACCUACCCCCCCACCACCCCAUCUAGCAACUAUGGCCAUCCUACCACCGUGUCUUAUGGCCACCACUCCUUCUAAUAGCUAUGGCCCACCAACUCGUCCUUCCUAUGGCUCUACCACUCCCAGUUAUGGCCCCAGCACCCCGUCUAACAGCUAUGGCCCCCCGACCAGUCCCUCCUAUGGCCAUACCACUCCCUCUGGCAACUAUGGCCCCCCAACC